UAAUUCCCAUCAGUCAUUAACACAGCUGUAACAGGACUUCAGAAAGUCCGUCUGAUACUCUGAUACAGUAGCUCUCAAAGUCUGCGGCGCGCGGGUCUCAUCUCAAUGGCUUUACCGUAAAGAGCAGCUGACCACCGAGAAUAUCAGAAUACACAUAGGAGCGCGAUAGCACAGGAUCAUCAAAACGCCAUGCGCUCUUUCAUCUUACUGUUCAUCUCUGUUCUGGCAAAGACCAGUGCGCAGGAGCCUGACUAUGCCCAUGGAUGUUCUCAUGGAAGCUGUUAUCCAGCAACCGGCGACCUCUUGGUGGGUCGAGAGAAAAGGCUAAAAGCAGCUUCCACCUGUGGCCUGCGUAGGAGGGAACCCUACUGCAUUGUCAGCCACCUGCAGGAGGAGCAGAAAUGUUUCCAUUGUGAUUCACGACGGCCUUACGAUCCAUUUUCGAACCCAAUGAGUCACCGCAUUGAGAAUGUCAUCACCACCUUCAAACCUCACCGCAAGAAGUCCUGGUGGCAGUCUGAGAAUGGAAAAUCAGAUGUUUACCUUCAGUUGGACCUGGAGGCAGAGUUUCACUUUACUCAUCUCAUCAUGACGUUUAAGACAUUUCGUCCUGCAGCUUUGUUGAUUGAGCGAUCAGCAGAUUUUGGACGAACCUGGCAGGUGUACCGUUACUUCGCCUCCGACUGUGACUCCAUUUUCCCGGGAAUUUCCCAUGGUCCUCUUCGCAAGGUUGAUGAUAUCAUCUGUGAGUCACGAUAUUCUGACAUCGAGCCCUCAACUGAAGGAGAGGUGAUUUAUCGUGUUCUAGACCCUGCUAUCCAAAUCGAUGACCCUUACAGCCCAAACAUUCAGAAUCAGCUGAAGAUCACCAAUCUUCGUGUGAAUUUCACCAAGCUGCACACUCUGGGUGACAACCUGCUGGACUCACGACCCGAGAUCAAAGAGAAGUACUACUAUGCCAUGUAUGAGCUGGUCGUCAGGGGCAACUGCUUCUGCUAUGGCCACGCCUCUGAGUGUGCACCUAUUGAAGGGAUUACGGAUGACAUUGAGGGCAUGGUACACGGGAGGUGUGUUUGCAAUCACAACACCAAAGGACUGAACUGUGAACAGUGUGAUGACUUCUAUAAUGACCUGCCCUGGAGACCAGCGGAGGGCCGUAACACUAAUGCCUGCAAGAAAUGCAGCUGUAAUGGUCACUCCAACCUGUGUCAUUUUGACAUGGCUGUAUAUCUGGCUACUGGGAAUGUCAGUGGAGGUGUGUGUGACAACUGUCUCCACAACAUGAUGGGCCUCAACUGUGAGACCUGCAAACCCUUCUACUACCAGGAUCCAACAAGAGAUAUCAGAGACCCUGAGGUGUGCGUGGCCUGUGACUGCGACCCUGAUGGUUCUCUGAACGGUGGUAUAUGUGAUGGGCAUGAUGACCCCUCUCUGGGCAUGAUCGCUGGGCAGUGCCGCUGUAAAGACAAUGUAGAAGGCCCACGCUGUGAUAAAUGCAAACCUGGAUACUUUGGGCUCAGUGCUGGUGACCCUCGUGGCUGCCAACCAUGUAAAUGUGACCCUAGGGGUACGGUGUCUGGUGGCCCCCAAUGCGACCCUGUUAGUGGAGACUGCUUCUGUAAACGUCUGGUUACUGGACACAGUUGCAACCAAUGUAUGCCUGAGCACUGGGCCUUGAGUCAUGAUGCCAGUGGAUGCAGAGGGUGUGAAUGUGAUGUGGGUGGAGCUACAGACAACCAAUGCUCAAUGGAAACAGGGCAGUGCCACUGUCGAAGUCACAUGAUUGGUCGCCAGUGUAACCAGGUGGAGUCUGGGUAUUUCUUCAUGGCCUUAGACCACUAUCUUUAUGAGGCUGAAAAUGCCCAAAUGGGUCAAGGAUCCACUUUUGAGGAGAGAGAGUACCAGCCUGGCCGUCCCACCUCAUGGACAGGCACUGGUUUUACACGGAUUCCUGAAAGUGGUACGCUGGAAUUCGCCCUUAACAACAUCCCUUAUUCAAUCGAAUAUGAUGUCCUUGUUCGCUAUGAACUUCAGAUGCCACGGGACUGGGAGGAGGUGCACGUAACGGUGGUUAGACCUGGACCCAUCCCAACUAGUAGUCCAUGUGGAAACACCAUCCCUGCCGAUGACCUGCUAACCGUAUCACUGCCUUUAGGUGGCAAGUUUGUGGUGCUGCCUCAGCCGGUGUGUUUGGAGAGAGGAGUGAGUUACAAACUGCGUUUGGAGUUCGUCCAUUAUGCUGACAGGAACAGCAUCCUUAGCUCUACUAAUGCAUUUGUACUGGUUGACUCUAUUGCACUAAUCCCUCGCUACACAUCUCUAGAGAUGUUCAUAGCGGGUGACCCCACCUCCGUCGCACGGAAACAGAGCUAUGAACGUUACCGCUGCCACGAGACUGCCAAGAGCGUGUCCCGGCCUCAGAUGAGUGAAGCAUGCGCCAAACUCAUCACCAGCAUGUCAGCCCUCAUUAACAACGGCGCACUACCUUGUGAGUGUGAUCCUCAAGGUUCGCUAAGCUCUGAAUGUGAUGCUCGUGGAGGUCAGUGUCACUGUAGACCCAACAUAUCAGGUCGUCGCUGUGAUAAAUGUGCACCAGGGGCUUAUGGAUUCGGACCUUCAGGAUGCAAACUUUGUGAAUGUAGUCUUGAGGGCUCUCAAAGCCGGUUCUGCGAUUACUACACAGGACAAUGUCCGUGUCGGCCUGGUGCUUUUGGUCAGCGAUGUGAUGGCUGCCAAGCUGGGCACUGGGGUUUCCCGAACUGCAGGCCCUGCCAGUGUAAUGGGCAUGCUGAGGAGUGCCACCAGAAAACUGGAUCCUGUCUCAACUGCAGAGGCAACACAGCAGGGGAUAUGUGUGAAAGGUGUGCUAAUGGUUACUAUGGAAACACAGUGCUUGGUUUAGGGAGUCAGUGUCGGCCCUGCCCCUGUCCUGAGGGGCCCAACAGUGGACGCCACUAUGCCGCCUCCUGUUACCAAGACAACAGAGGCCAACAGGUGGUCUGCAACUGCAACCAGGGUUAUGCAGGGAUUGUAAAGCGCUCUGAAGGGGCAGUUCUCAAGCGUUCACGUUGUAAGGAUUGUGCUCCUGGUUACUACGGUGACCCUUCCAGGCCCGGUGGGCAGUGCCAGCCUUGUCGUUGCAGUAACAGCAUCGACCUGUCAGAUCCUGACGCAUGUGACAAGCGUACUGGCCAGUGUCUCAAGUGUCUGUACAACACCGAAGGGCCUGACUGUGGCAUGUGCAAGAGUGGAUACUAUGGAGAUGCUUCCCGCCGCAACUGCCGAAAAUGCACCUGCAACUUCUUGGGCACAAAGCACAGUCAGUGUCUAUCUCGAGAUGAGUGUGUUUGCCAGCAUGCCACAGGACAGUGUCAAUGUCUACCCAAUGUUAUUGGACAAACUUGUGACCACUGUGCUCCCAACUACUGGAACCUAGCCAGUGGGCGGGGCUGUGAGCCCUGUGGCUGUGACCCCAACAAUGCCUACACAUUCUCCUGCAAUGAGUUCACAGGCCAGUGCCAGUGUCGUGCAGGGUUUGGGGGAAAGACCUGUACAGACUGUCAGGAGAACCACUGGGGUGACCCGAGAAGACUAUGUAGAGUAUGUGACUGCGACACACGUGGCAUUGAGACAUCUCAGUGCAACCGUGUGACCGGCCAUUGCAUGUGCCAGCAGGGUGUAUCAGGCGUUCGCUGCGAUCAGUGUGCCCGUGGAUUCUCAGGUACCUUCCCAGAUUGCAAGCCAUGUCACCAGUGCUUUGGGGACUGGGACCGCAUUGUUCAGGAUCUGGCAUCCAGAACCAAAGCUCUCACAGACCGAGCAAAGGAACUCCAGACUACUGGCUUAACUCAAGCCUUUGAGAGAAAGUUUAAGGAACUGGGGGACAAGCUGGCACAAGCACAGGAGAUUGUUAAUGCCCGCAAUGCCACUGCUGAGUCCGUGACCACUCUGAUGGGCAUGAUAGAGGAACUCAGAGCUCAGAUUGGUGAGACCACAGACACAUUGAACCAGCUGGAGGGAGAUCUGACUGCAGUGCAGGAUAGCAACUAUGAGGCCAGUAAUGCAUUAAGCACCCUGGAGAGAGAGGCAAAAGAGCUCAAUCUGAACGCAGAUAAGCUAAACCAUCAACUUGACAUUCUGAAGAACUCUAACUUCUUGGGUGCAUAUGAUAGCAUCUGUGCCUCCUACAACAAGUCACGUGAUGCAGAGCACCGCGCCAACAAGUCGACCACCGACAUCCCCAGCACAGUGAGUCAAUCAGCAAACACCCGCAAGAAAACAGAGCGACUGAUGGCUGAGAUGAGAGAUGACUUCAACCGCAAAAACGCAGCAAACAAACGCACUCUCACAGACUUGAAUGCAAAGGCUCAGAAUCUGGACAUAAAGAAAAUCAAUGAAAAGGUUUGUGGAGCACCAGGUGAUGCUCCUUGUGGGGAGAGCACUUGUGGCGGUGCUGGUUGUCUUGACGAUGAGGGCAAACGCCACUGUGGGGGCCUGAAUUGCAAUGGAGCUGUAGCAGUGGCCAACAACGCCCUGGAUAGAUCCAAGCAUGCAGAGAAAGAGCUGAAUAAAGCUAUGGGAAUAGUAGAAGAUCUUUUUAAGCAGGUGGCAGAUGCUAAGACCAGAGCUCAGGAAGCUAAGGUUAAAGCCCAGGAAGCUUUGGAGAAAGCUAGUGAUACCAAGAACAAGGUGGAUCAUUCUAACAAUGACCUAAGAGACCUCAUUAAACAAAUUAGAGAAUUCCUCAUGCAGGAGGGGGCAGAUCCUGAUAGCAUUGAGACAGUAGCCAAUCGGGUUCUAGAACUAUCUAUCCCCGCUUCUCCCAAGCAGAUUCGGCACCUUGCGGAUGAGAUUAAAGACCGCGUCAAGAGUCUGUCCAAUGUGGAUGCCAUUCUGGAGCAGACCCAGAAUGAUGUCCGCAAAGCAGAACGGCUGCUGCUGGAUGCCAAGAAAGCCAGGAAUAAGGCAGAGGGAGUGAAGAACACAGCAGAAAGUGUAAAACAGGCACUGGGUGAUGCCGGCAAAGCCCAGGCAGCUGCAGAAAAGGCCAUUGAGAAAGCUAGGAAGGACAUUAGCCGAACUCAGAACCGGCUGGCACAGAUCCAGUCAGAGACCACAGCCUGCGAGAGGGAUCUUAGUGAUUCUAUGGACAGGCUAGGAGACCUUGGACACCAAAUAGAGGCAUUAAAGACUAAACGUGCCAACAACAGCCUGGAUGCAGCACGGGCAGAAGAGACCGCCACCAUGGCCCGUGACAAAGCCAAUGAAGCUAAAGAGAUACUGGAUGGUGAGCUGUCCGAUAAGUAUCGUACUGUUCAGGGUCUAAUGGACAAUAAGGCAAAGACAAUGCAGGAUGCUAAGCAGAAAGCAGAGCGGUUGAGAGAUGAAGCAAAGGAUCUGCUUAAAGAUGCUCUGGAUAAACUGCAUAGGCUGGCAGAGCUUGAGAAAGACUAUGAGGAAAACCAGAAGGUAUUGGAAGGCAAAGCAAGGCAGCUGGAUGGCCUGGAAGAUAAAAUGAAGGCAAUCCUGAAUGCCAUCAAUAAGCAGAUUCAGAUCUACAACACCUGCCAAUAGUCUGUCACUGGAAGGAAUCCUAUCAGCUGAACUUCUGCUGCUGUCUAUCAAACUUCAGCAGUCUGAAAGCAACAAACUUACAAGAAGAUGCCAAACUGCCACCAGACACAACUUGUGGAAAUUUUUUUUAAUGAAAGGCUACUCUUAUAAGUGCACUAGAUUAACCUAUUUGAAUUUUUGAAUAGAGCAAUUAAAUGCAGAUAUUGACAUUGUGUAUUGUAUGGCAGAGCAUUCACUUUCUUGUCAAUAAUUGAAAUUUGUAAAUUACUUUGUACACUGAUGAAGAUACAAUAAGAUUUCUUGAAUGUAAAAGACACUGGAUCAUGCAUCAACAUGCAUUGUCUUUGUGUUUCUAUAAUUAGCAAAUGAUUCAUCAAAUACUUAAAGAAAAACUACUGUAUUAAUGUACUUUCAAAGUCAUUGUGAAACAAGUAAAUAUUUGGGGUGACAAGCUGUUUAGUCACUAUAUACAUAUUGGCUCAAUGCGUAUCAUUUGCAUACACUCAAAAUAAUAAUUUUAAGAUUUAAACAUUUCAGAUUCAUAACAAAAUUCCUGAUUGACUAAUCUUUAAUAAAAU